GAGCUGCCAUGUGCUGCCGCGACGCCAUCACGACCCUCGAGUAACGAGCCCCUCCGCAGCGUGAUAGAGUCCCCCGGCCGGCAGCCUCCUGCGGGAUGGAUAGCGACGACGAAAACGUGGAAGAGGUCGUGGAAGGCCCCCUGGAUGAAGAUGGGCAGCCCCACGGGUUCUGCACCGUGGCCUACUCCUCCAGUGACCGGUUUGAGGGAAGCUUCACCCACGGAGAGAAGAACGGGAGGGGGAAGUUCUUCUUCUUUGAUGGAAGCACCCUGGAGGGGUUCUACGUGGACGACGCCCUGCAGGGCCAAGGGGUGUACACGUACGAGGACGGCGGCGUCCUCAACGGCACGUACGUGGAGGGGGAGCUCAACGGGCCGGCCCAGGAGCUGGACGGAGACGGCCGGCUGGUGUUCAAGGGCCAGUACAAGGACAACAACCGCUGUGGCGAGUGCUGGGUCUACUACCCUGACGGGGGCGGCUUGUACGGGGCGGUGAACGAGGACGGAGAGAUGACCGGGGACUCCCUAGCCUACAUCUACCCGGACGGACGCACGGCUUUCUACGGGAGCUUCGUGGACGGAGAGUUGAUCAAGGCUCACCUGGCUACGGUGAUCUCCAACCAGACGGGAAGACCUCGCUUUGAACGCUCUCCCAGCAGUCCCGUGUUCUCGUACGACAAGUCCACGUCCAGCUGCAUCGCCACCCACACGCUGCUGCCCGACCCGUACGAGAGCCAGAGGGUGUUUGUGGGGGACUCCACCAUCAGAGGAGCGGGACAGGGCCUGUUCACCAGGAUGGACGCUGAGCCCGGCACCAUCAUGGCCUUCUAUAACGGAGUUCGCAUCACUCACUCCGAGGUGGACAGCCGAGCCUGGGCGUUGAACGGGAACACCAUCUCUCUGGAUGAGGAUACGGUGAUCGACGUCCCUCAGCCCUUCGACCAGAUGGAGAGAUACUGCGCUUCUCUGGGUCACAAGGCCAACCACUCCUUUACCCCCAACUGCAAAUACGACCCGUUCGUCCAUCCUCGCUUCGGCCUCAUCAAGUGCAUCCGAACCCUGAGCGCCGUGCAGAAGGACGAGGAGCUGACGGUUGCCUACGGUUACGACCACGACCCCACGGGGAAGACGGGCCCCGAGGCUCCCGACUGGUACAAGCAGGAGCUGGAGGUGUUCCGGCAGAGGGAAGCAGCUCCUCCUGGCCAAUGACCAGAGACGCCUUCACCCCCCUGGAGCUGCCAACCCCUCUGGGCCGGAGACACCAGAGCUCUGCAAGAUGCCAAAGGCUGCUGACGGACACGUCCCCCCCCCCAUCUGGUGCUCUCUCUGUCCUCCUCUUCAUCGUGUUCCUCCGUGUUGCUGGGGCUUUUAGAUGGACAAACCACUCCGUCUUUCUGUCGACUCUGUCUCCGUUGAGCUGGAGUCGACCUGUCGGCGCUCUGCUCUGAUGUUUCCACCGUCACUGGCGUAUUUAUCUCAUCCAUCUGGUUUAUCACUAACUUUCUACGCUCCCUCACACCUGACAGACGCUACACAUCAUGGUGACUUAUUUUAUUUACAAUGUUAAAUUGGUUAUGUGCUCUAUUUAUUGAGAUUUGUAAAGUGAAUUUCUAACUGGAGGAGAAAACACGGAGGUCUACUUGCAAGACCGAUGAGCCUGUCCCACUUUUCUAGACUAAUGGUGUGUUUGUGUUGACGUGCUCUCAACAAUAAAGUCUGAGAUAAAC